UCUAGGCAAGUAAAUAUCGUCGCUUUAGUGAACUUAUUUAUUUUUCUUUAGAGAUUUUCAAUAUGUUCAUAAUGUGAUAGUAUUAAAAUCGAAGCCUGAAGAUUUCAUCUCCCGUUUGAUACCUUAAAAUGCAGGUCAUCUGUGAUGAAUUAUAAAAGUUAAAACAGUAUUUGUAAUGAAUUUAAUAACACUCUUGACAUCGAGAAAUGGAGAGACAACAAUGUAAUUCACUUCAAAACUUUGAUGAUCCAAAAACCGAAAUUUUGAAGAAAAGAUUAUUGAAAUCUGCUAGUGGCUCGGUCACCACUAAUCUUUCGCAGUAUAGUUCCCAGCACAAUGUCUUACUGAAUACUUUACGCGCGCCGAUAUCAAGCAGCAUGAUCGUGUCCUCGGUGCAGGCCCCUCAAAGCUCCAUGCCCAUAACUCACAAUUUAGUCACCCACUCCAUAGCUCCUAUGAAAAUUCAUGCUAACAAUGCAGGUUAUCCUCUUUUGUCAACUGUACAUGUUCCUGUGCAAAUCCCAGGUUCAAAUUCCAAUAUAAAUGUUCCUGUUCAAUUAUCUGGACCGACAAGCAGUGUACCAUUACAGAUAGCACCGGUUAGUCUCCCCCUGCAGGUGUCAGGAACGACUAAUGUGCCUGUCCAGUUACCAGCAGGAGAAACCAUUAAUGUGCCUCUCCAACUCCCUGGAAGCCAGAACAUCCAACUAGCAGCACCAUCACUGCCCUCUAUGCCUAUUUUGCAAAACACCAGUCAGCCACUACACAGCUCCAUAAUUCAUGUACACAUGGGUACCAAUCCUCGUCCAACUAACAUGGAUGGGACAUCUGAUAUGACUGUGUCUAGUUCAACACAGCUGCAGAUGCCCGAUUCCUCUGUGCAGGUUAAGUUGAAUAACCAAACAACAGUGUCUCAAGUGCAAGUAGGGCCGAGUCCAGCUGUUGUACAGAUUCCAAAUUCAAAUAACAACUCUAUUCAAUUGGCUCUGCCGAACACAGUUAGCUCUGGUGCAGUUCAGUUGCGUGGAGCUACGAGGACAGUGCCUCACAUGGUUUACAUCCAGACACCCACUGGCUUGAAACCUGUGACUAGCACAGAAGUCAUCAGCCAGGCCAGCACCAGUGGAAACCCACCACAAAUUAUUGUAAGGAGACCUGUAAACAACAGCUCCAACAUUGUAAUAUCUAAACCCAAUAUUGCUCCAAAAGUGCAGACGAACAAAUCGUCAAUUUUAGCCCCAGUCAACCCUACCCAACCUAUUGUCAUACAAAAGCCCAAAUCCAAUGAUAAAAUGAUGGUACCAGUCAGUAUCGCUCCUGGAAACCAAGGAAAACAGGCCAUAGCAUACUUAGGUUCAGUCAAAAAGCCUGCGAACAAAAACACAGAGAAUCAGUCAAUACUUAUAUCAAACAAUCAAACCAAUGUUUCUUCAAAUAAUCAGAAGCUAUUUCUGACUCCUAUGAACAUGCCAAAGAUACAAAACACCAAGUUUAUCUUGCCUGUAACAUUACCAGCCUCAAAAGGCCCGUUUAUCAAUCUCCAAAUUGCUAACGGGCAGAUUCAAAAUGAUCCGCAGGGAAGCAUCACAGUAAUGAGGGAUUCUGCAUCAAUGGAGGGUUCAGAUAUGCCACCGCUGCAGCCUUUACCUAAAAUCAAUGCAAAUGGUAAAGACAGCUCUGUACCUCAGAGCCCUAAAAAUGACAAAGCAUUUACUUUCUCGAUAUCAGGCUCCAGAGCUGAACCUACUGGUGCGAUAGGCGAAUACACACUGUCAAUUCCAGAGACCAACUCUGCUAUGAAUGAAGAUGUUUAUACAGUGUCAAUAGCUGAUGAUGAUUGUGGACAAACCCGCGAACAGUCUUUCACUCUUUCUAUACCAGAAAAGGGUAAAAGUUUACUAAACAGAAGUUUGCACGAUAGAGAUGUAGCGCCCGGUACGAUCCCAGCGCCGGCCAUCUUACGGCGAUCAAAUUCUGACAACAGCGAGAAGAAAACCGCAAAUGCUAACAUUAAACGACGUAUUUCUCUCUGUAAUGAAAACUUGAAUAGUAAGACUGUGAAACUGACAAUGCCAUCUAGGAAGGCAGAAAAACAUGAAGAAUCUGAUAAUAAUGAUGACCAUCGUGUCCCUUCACUGUUUUGUGAUGAAAAGCUAGACAAAGACUUGGAAACUAAAGAUAAUAUGGAUGAUUCAGAUACAGAAGAUUAUAAAGAUGUAAAAAGUGAGACUAUGGAUAACAAUGAUCACGAUGCAUACUACCAGAAGGGAGAUUUGAAGAAAGAAAACAGUUAUCUGAAAGAAAUGUCAGAUGGGAUUUCUGAGGAAGAUCCUCCAGGACUGCUCUGGAGCAAUGGUGUAGCUGUAUUGCAAGGCAGUAACUUGCAAUUCCAAACUAAUGAGUUUGGAAUCAUUGAUUUAAUUGAGAAUAGUGAUCAAGAGGAACUUUUGGUAAAUCCUUCUGCCAAAUAUCAAACACCAUUAAAGCAGCGCGCGGAAAGGAAUAAUACCAAUAAAAAGCGAACAUCUCCAGAAGAUAUGUAUCGCUGCGACGGCUGCGGAUGCCACGGCAUGGCGGCCGAAUUCAUAACCCCUAAUUUCUGCAGUUCUGCAUGCCAAAGUGAUGUGCAAAAAGCUAUACAGAAAAGGAAGGUUAUAGAAAAAGCUGAGAUGACUAAAAAGAAAAAUAGGCUGAAGAAGAUAUUUAUGAAAAAACACCUUUCUGAAUCUGACAUGUUUUGGGACAGUAAGGAAGACAAACUCAUGUUAAGGCAUUACGACUCUACGCCCGCCGACACUCAAACCGAUGAAGUGAAGAUGGAAGAUCUGAUUGUAAAUGAGAAAUAUCCGUGGAUGUGCGGUAAAAAUGGGUUCUCUUGGAUGCGGUACCUUGACAUUUGUAAGGCGAAGGCUGUUCCGUGUAAAGUAUUUAAAGAUCCGUUUCCGAAUCCGAACCGGAACGGUUUUAAAGUGGGGAUGCGUCUAGAGGCAAUCGAUCCCCAGCACCCGUCGAUCUUUUGCGUGGUUUCCGUCGCCGAGGUCCAGGGCUACCGCAUGCGGCUCCACUUCGACGGGUACCCUGAUCUGUAUGACUACUGGGUGAAUGCAGACUCAAUUGACAUAUUCCCUCCGGGGUGGUGCGAGAAGAACGGGAGGUCUUUGAAGCCCCCGGCUAACUACACUGCAUCUUCAUUCUCCUGGCCGAUGUACCUGAAGCAGAUAAGAGCUAUCGCCGCGCCGAAGGCCCUGUUUUCACAUAUCACUAAUACGGUAUUCAAGCCGAACUGCUUCCGCGUCGGCAUGAAGCUGGAGGCCGAAGACCGAAAGAACGAUCUGGUGUGCGUGGCCACGGUCACCGACGUGAUGGAGGGCCGCCUGCUGAUCAACUUCGACAGCUGGGACGAGAUGUACGACUUCUGGGCUGACCCCACCUCGCCCUACAUACACCCCGUGGGCUGGGCCGAGGAGAACGGCUACUCUUUGACGCCUCCAAACUUCUACAAGGAUCCAGAGCAGUUCUCGUGGGAGAGCUACCUGUCGGAGACGGGGUCGGCGCCGGCGCCGCCGCGCGCCUUCAAGCCGCGCGCGCCCAACGGGUUCAAGGCCGGCAUGAAGCUGGAGGUCGUCGACCCGAGGGUGCCAUUCCUGAUCCGCGUGGCUACCAUCAGCGAAAUCAAGGGUCAUCAAUUGCGCGUGACCUUCGACGGGUGGCCCGACGACCUCUCCACCUGGAUGGACGAUGACUCUCCUGACCUGCAUCCCGUGGGCUGGUGUCUGAAGACUGGACAUCCUUUAGAACCGCCACUGACGGAGGAGGAGCUGCAGAUCUGCGGGCCGUGCGGCGUGGGCGGGUGCCGCGGCCUGGGGUCGGCGCGCGGCGGCGCCCACAAGCAGCACGCGGCCGCGUCCUCGUGCCCCUACUACACGCGCCGCGCGCCGCCGCCCGACCGCCUGCAGCCCGCCGACGCGCUCCGCAGGGCCAUACCAAAGCCGAUGAAAUCACACUCCAUACACACAAGCACACCCACCAGUGAUUCAGCCAAAGAAAAACCACAACGAGGGAGACCUCCGAAACACAAGAGGGUAGAGAAAGUUACAAAGAAUGAUCCAACGUCAGACGACGAAUCCUUAUCAAGCGGCGGUUGGAAGCGUCACCGCGCUUCGCCCCGGCCGGGCGGCGCGCGCGCAGCCUCCCGCCGCGAGGAGGGCUCCCCGCCGCGCGGCGCGCACGUCGCGCGGCUCGUCAGCGAGCUGGCGCUGGCCGCCGACCCCACCUUGUGGUCGGAGAAUGACGUAGUGGCGCUAGUGGGGCGGAUAGCGGGCGCCGCGGCGGGGCGCGGGGCGCGGGCGGCGCGGCUGGCGGGCGCCGAGCUGCUCAUGGCGUCCUGCGAGGAGCUGGUGACGGGGCUGCGGCUGCGGCUGGGGCCGGCCGUCAAGAUAUACUCAGCAGUACGGCAGCUAAGGGAGACUGCCACGUGAUCAUCGGCCGACGCCGUCGCGGCCAUUCUACUCUAAAGUGUUCAAGUUUUUCAUAGUUAAAUUCGGACGAUCUCUGCGUAUUGUGUGUUAAUAGUGAAUAACUGUGUUAAGUGUCUGUAGUGCCAUUGCAGAUCUAUGAAAUGUUAUAUCAAUGUGCGGACAUUAUCUGUCAGUGAAUACCUCUCUUUUUGGUAUUGGUAUCUUCACCAGGACUAUAUUUUCUUUUAGGCAUAGACAAUGAGAUUUCUAACUUUUGACAGUGAUCAGAGAGUUUUGUACUUACUACCCCCAAAACGUGGUGCUGUGUAAGAGUGUACAUUUUGCUCACAUUACAAGUCAUUAAAUAUAAUGUUUGUGAAUUAUAUCCACAUUUUGAGAAGCAUUAUUUUUUUAUCUAGUUAUGAGUUUAGUCAAUCUCUCUGUGUACAUAGUUAGGCUUAUUUUGUGGAGUGCAGAGUCAAUUUUCACUUGACAAUACAAAUUGAUUGACGUCAUGAAUAAGUGAAUCUAAAUUUUUUAAUUGAGUUGAGCAAUAUCAAAAUUAGCACAAAAUGAAUUAUGUGUAAAUCAUGCUUUAAAUGCUGUGGUUGUGACUAAGCGAUUCUAUUUUGUGUCAGUAAUAUUUUUUUUUUACAAAAUUUGUAUUUUCAUGUAAUUGGUUCUAUGAAAUCAUAUCUGUAGAUGGAAAGAUAAAUUAAAUGUUUAUAAAUUGUGUACUCCACUUGUAAAUAGGCAUUGGAUGCCAAAGUUUAUUGUUGUCUAAGUAUUGUUCGAUUUUAGUAUAUCUUAAGUUGUAAAUAAUAUUGUAAGAAUGUUAGUGCAAUUUAGUAUUUAUUAUACAUGUCAAGCUCAUUAUUUUAAGUUUCUCAUUUUUAAGUUGCACUAUUUGUUUGCAGUACAUAAGGAGAUGCCACUAAUAUACCUUUUCUUAAUAAAAUUUCUUGUGACAAUGGAAUUAGAAUUAUAGCAAGUUUGUUUGGCAAUAUGGCAAAUCAAUGCUUUAUUCAAUCAUUUUUAUCAUCAUCAUUAAAUAUUAAAAUAUUAUUGCAUUCGAUUUGCAAUACAAAUAAUAAUUUUCUCUAGUUUUUAUUAAUACCAAAUGUUGAUAUAUUUUUCUAUUUUAUUAUAUAGUCAUUCAUUCGCUAUGAAUCUUGGCUUCUUUAGCAUUGUUAAUAUUUGGGUUCCUGAUUAUAAUCUAUAUGAAAUAUUUGCAUUAUUCUGUAAAUAAAUGUACUGAAUGCAGGCUAAUAAGUUUUCAAGUGGCCAUGUACAAAGUGAGAUAUUGGUAUUGUAAGUUUUUACACAAAGCUGGUUAAUUAAUAAGGAGAUGCCAUUUUAACGGCGUAUACUAUUCUAAACUGUUGUUCCGUAAUAAUAA